CCUGUAGAAAAUCUAGCUGCAGUCUCAGGACGGAGACGUGCAUUACUUUUUAAGGAUACACCAAAAGAAAAAAGAAAAAAAAUAUAUAUAUAAAAGGACACCAAUCUUUGUACUACCAAGGAUCUAAGCGUUGGUGGGCUCCCGGACCGGAACCAUCUCAUUUUACUCUGUCAACUCAAUCACCCCAUAUCAAGAGCGGUACACAAAGCCAUAGGGGCGCAUAUUAUGGUGCCAAUACGCUCGACUCACAUGGAGGCGUCCUCCAGUUCUCGCUGGUGUUUCUCUUCCCUUCUCGUUCCCAUUGAUUCUUUCGUUUCAUCAUCAUUCAUACGCAAUCGUCUCCAAUCCGUUAUCUCCAUCGUCGACGAUGUGUGUAAGAUUUCGGGUGCUCCGUCAGCAUCCGUGGGUAUACUACACGACAAUAAGAUCAUCUUCACCAAGGGCCACGGAACAGUUGUCGGCAACCAGCCUAACCUUAAACCACGUCAUCCUGGUCCCGAUACAAUUUACGGCAUAGGGUCCAUGACAAAGAGCUUCGUGGUUGCGUGUCUUGCAAAGGUCCGUUGGGAGGGCAAGAAGGCCAAGUUUGAAUGGAGCACACCGAUGAAGGAUCUGAUUGAUGGUUUCAACACCGAUGACAGAAUACAGCACUUGGUCACUCUUUCCGAUUUCCUCUCUCACCGAACUGGGCUCAACGGAGAUAUGUCUAUCGCCCAUCAGGGAGACCAAGAGUUCCUCCUCCAAAAGGAUGAAGUUCUGCCAGCGGUGACGAUCCUCGACAAGGUCGGACAAUUCCGAAGUGAUUGGAUCUACAAUAACUGGGGUUACAGUCUCGCCGGCAAAGUUUUAGAGAAAUACUCGAGGAAGUCGUUUGAAGAUUGCCUGCGAGAGUAUGUGCUCGUCCCGUUAUCACUUCACAACACAACGACAAGUCCAGACCCAAACGGCGAUUUUGCGUUUGCUCAUGCAGCACUGGACAACGGCGAUAUCUAUCAACUGCCAAAGAAGAUCCCUUUUGAGAAAAGCAUAUUCGAAACUGCUGGGGGCAUCUACUCGAGCGUCAACGACCUUCUUGCAUGGGCGAAGGCGAUUCUUGCCGCUGAACAGAGCAACCAAGUGCCUCUGGAUAAUCCGUCCAGAGAUCAUCGCUUCUACGGGUUCGGAUGGGUUCGGACGGCACUUCCAAACGUUGUGGGCCUUCAGGGAGACAACGCAGAACUGUUCAAGAGGGACCAGCUUCCAGUACUCGGAUCAAAAUCUCAACCAAUGAUGACCUAUUACCACCAAGGCGCCGGGCUUGGGUACUAUUCCGCAAUUUUCAUGUUUCCUGAAUCCAAUUCCGCUGUGGUGAAGUACGUUGAACUGGCGAAGGGAAGUCGGGAUCAGAAGCUCAAGCUUGUGAAAACAAUGAGAACGGGCAUUGACAGCGAGCGCAACACGAACUACUUUCAUCCGCGACAAUUGGACUUAUACACCGGGAGAUAUUACAACUCGAGGGGUAGCUGGCCAGGGAAUUUUUUCAUCGACAUCCGUUGUCCUAAGGAUCAGGGGGAAAAGGACGAUUGUUUGGAGCUCAGGUUCCAAGGACGGGAAUCACAACUCUAUAAGCUCCGUCACCUCAAGGAUGACAUCUUUGAGUGGGCACUAGACUACAACCAGCAAGCACGGCGAGCACGAUUCACGGUAUGGGACCCGGAGUAUUUCAAGAUCCAGUUCAACUUCAACCCAAAGCGGUCUCAUGAGGCUGUUACGCUCAACUGGGCAGGGAAUGGGAUGGUUCUUACCCGACGUGAGAACAAGGUACAUCUUCCACGAAACCUUCCAAAGCUCUCAAAUGGAGUCAUACCGUCCCUUCAAGCAACACUUCGCGGGGUUGUCAAGAAGAGCUGA